AUGAUGAGUAAAUGGAUCCGUUUUCUCCUAUUGUUUCACUUAGGAGGUUAUUUCCUUAACGCUGCACAUAUACAAGGAACAUGGAAUCCAUCGGAACAGAAAGUUUUGGUGCUGACGAAAUUUGGGUAUCAGCUGACGGAUUUGAAAAAUGAAAAAGAUUCACGCGGAUUUCUGUACGGACAUUUCUUGCCGCAGGCUACGUUCAAUUAUUCCAAUCCUGUUCUUCUCGCAAUUGUCUCUUCUGAAAAUAUCAACAUUUUUCGGAAAAAAUCGGGAGAUUAUGAGAUGUCGUGUGGAUCGAUGUUAAGAAAUCUAACGACAAAAGGAUUCGAACCACGAUGUUAUCCAAAUGGUACAAGUGACGUCUUCCGAUGGAUUCCCUGUCCAGACGGUCAUUUAUGCAAAGGGGAAGAUAAUGCUGCCAAUGUGAUUCCAGGUUAUCAAAUGACCAUGCAAAUCGAGGAAAAAAUCAAUCCAGAACAUUGGUUUGUACUCCUCAUCGCUUGCAAUUUGGAUGUAAACUGUGAAUGGAAAGACUCAUCUCCAAACAUUCCAAUAAACUAUGACAUCUGGUUAACUAAUGGACGACCCAACAGUGCUGCGGUCAGCUUCUUCACGUUCAAUUUUUCGUUUGAUGAGCAGAACACGGUUCAACUAUUCCUGCUGACAGUGGUCGCAUAUGCAAUCCUUUCCAUCAUACAAUCCGGAGCCAACUUCAAGAACCGUCAGAUUCCUCCUAGAAGCAUAUUACUUUCCCGAAUAGUGAACAUGAAGUUGAUUGGAUUCAGUUUGCAAUGUUUCAAUGUUCUUCUGUUUGCCUAUGAUGGACAAGGAUUUUUCAUUGCACGAAUUGCUGGAGAAGUAUUGAGAAAUACGUCAGUUCAAGUUCAUUGCUUACUGUUAAUCCUGCUAGCAAAGGGAUGGGACAUUUCAUAUCCAGGAACGGAAUACCCAAAAAAAUGCAUAAUUUUGUGGGGAAUAUUGGCUGGAUUGGACACAAUGCUCUUUUUCUACAACUGUACAUUCGUCUACGACGUCCUUCACGAUGUGGAUAUCUAUUCAGCCUGGCCUGGACAUGGUAUGAUCUUGAUUCGAAUCAUCUACGCAAUCUGGUUCCUGAUCGAAAUCCGAGAACUGAUUGAUAGUGAGCAAAAUCGUCAUAAAGCGGAGUUCCUAGCCCAUUUCGGGGCUGGAUUCUUGGUUUGGUUCGUAUCUCUGCCGAUGAUUGGAACAGUGGCAUCAUUUGUAUCACAGUUGUGGAGGUUUUCAUUGAUUCUUGCAUUGACGACCUUCUCAAACUUCGUAGCACUAUCCUGCCUGGUGCAUCAGUUUUGGCCAAAGUCUUCAUAUCGGAAGUUUUUCGCGGAUUACACAAAUGGUCAUCGAAGGCUCGGAAGAGACGACUCUCACGACUACACUGACUAUGACAACUAUCUUUUCUACGAAGAAGAAUCCGAUUCUGAAAAUGACUUUCCGGAUUGUGAAGAAGUCAUUCGUACCCAGAUCUAG